AUGAAGCUGCUUGGUGCACUUGUCGCUCUCGCGGCAGCCACUGCAGUCGCUGCACCGGCACAGCGGGUCAAGGGCCGCAAUCUUGUAGCCGACGACGCCCCCCAUGAGGACGAUGGCAACUUCAUUAGUGCUGUGAUGCGAGCUCACUGGUACUGGCGGAGGCUGCAUUGUGCCCAGGAUCUCGUCUGGGACAGCGAGCUUGCAAAGGCGGCACGUGCCGACAUUGAGGAGUGCACCCAUGACCCUGAGCACAAACGGCCGGGCAGCAACCUCUCGUCUGUGAGCCCGGCGCCGGAUGACUACGAUGGCUGGAUCGAGUUUGCGCGGACUGCUACGCACGGCUGGCACGAGGAAGAGACCAAGUACCCCUACGACAACCCGCACUUUGACGCAGCCUGGGGCCAUUUUACGCAGAUGGUGUGGCGCAACACGACGCGCAUUGGCUGUGCCCUCGGCCACUGUGACAGCACGGUCAACUGGCCGGGUCGCUUCUACUGCUACUACUCAUUCUUUGGCAAUAACAUUGCGGCUGGCCAGUUUGAGGCGCAGGUCUGGGCGCCCGUCUGCCACGACCCGGCGGCUGGCGAGGUGGUGGCACGUCAGGAUGUCAAGUUCGACUGGUCUGGCGCGUGAAAGGCUGCUUGACGGCCGUGGCACGAGGACGGGCGUAGCGCCUGUGUACGCCCAUGGCCAAAGCAGGGCGAGUGCAAAGGAUGCUUUUUCUGGAUGACAUGUCGGACGGCUUCACAGGGGCCGGGCCCUGCAUUCGGCGGCCGUCUUGGG